AUGGCCCAUGUUUGCUAUGAAGGUGGUGAUGGAGUCAGUGCGUUUGGUGGCUCUGUUGACAUCAUUGCAUUGCUUGGACGAUCUUUUAAAGCGUAUCUUGGUGAGCCUGGGCGAGUAGAGGUGACUUUCUUCGGUCAGAAGCAGUACUUGAAACUUGCACGAAGAAACCACGGUUCCAAGCCGGACGAAGCUUGGCUGGCCUAUCACAAUCCAAACAACCGACGCAGAUGCACGCAUGAGGACAGUAACAGGUGA